GGCAGGCCGGUGAUUUUCCACUGCCGCUGAUGUCUCUGGUCCCCCUGUUUUAAGAGACAAAGGUCAGAAAGAGGGGCUUAUAAGCAGGCUAAAAUAUAGGCAACGACGCGUCCAAGCCUCAGUCGCUCUCACGGACACAGGAGGACACGGACAAGACGACAUAGGGAGAAGGGACCGCGCUCAAAGGACAUUAAAAGGACAAAAUAAUAUACAUCACAUCAACAGAACAGAAUGGCUCAAAAAGAGAAACUUCAGUGCCUGAAAGAUUUCCACAAGGACACUCUGAAGCCGUCUCCUGGAAAGAGCCCUGGCACCCGGCCUGAAGACGAGGCGGAGGGCAAACACCCUCAGCGGGAGAAGUGGGCCAGCAAGUUGGACUUUGUUCUGUCUGUGGCUGGAGGUUUUGUUGGUUUAGGGAACGUGUGGCGUUUCCCGUACCUCUGCUAUAAGAAUGGUGGAGGUGCAUUUCUCAUCCCCUACUUCAUCUUCCUGUUUGGCGGAGGUCUGCCAGUCUUCUUCCUGGAGGUCGCCCUGGGUCAGUUCACCUCUGAGGGUGGCAUCACCUGCUGGGAGAAGCUCUGCCCCAUCUUUACUGGUAUUGGUUACGCCUCCAUUGUGAUCGUGUCCCUGCUGAAUAUCUACUACAUCGUCAUCCUGGCCUGGGGUCUCUACUACCUGUGCCAGUGUUUUCGGACGGAGCUGCCCUGGGCCAAGUGCAAUCAGCCCUGGAACACCGAUCGCUGCAUCGAGGACACCAUCCGCAAGAACAAAUCCCUUUGGAUGGCUGCCAACGCCUCCAACCUAAACUUCACCUCCCCCGUCACCGAGUUCUGGGAACAUAAUGUGCUGGGUAUCACCAAUGGUAUCGAGGACAUCGGCCCUGUUAAAUGGGACUUGGCUCUGUGUUUACUGGUCGUCUGGGUCGUCUGCUUCUUCUGCAUCUGGAAGGGGGUCAAGUCCACCGGCAAGGUGGUCUACUUCACAGCCACGUUCCCAUUUGUCAUGCUCAUCGUGCUGUUGAUUCGUGGCGUGACACUGCCGGGUGCUAGCCAGGGAAUCAAGUUCUACCUUUACCCUGACCUCGCUCGCCUGAAGGACCCAGAGGUGUGGAUUGACGCCGGCACACAGAUCUUCUUCUCCUAUGCCAUCUGUUUGGGCGCCAUGACGUCCUUGGGGAGCUACAACAAGUACAAAUACAACUGCUACAGGGACUGUUUGCUGCUGGGAGCCCUCAACAGUGGUACCAGUUUUGUGUCUGGCUUCGCAAUAUUUUCCGUCCUGGGCUUCAUGGCACAAGAGCAAGGGGUGGACAUUGCUGAUGUGGCAGAGUCAGGUCCAGGCCUGGCAUUCAUUGCCUACCCCAAGGCUGUAACCAUGAUGCCUUUUCCUACACUCUGGGCAAUUCUCUUCUUCAUUAUGCUGCUGCUGCUUGGCCUCGACAGUCAGUUUGUGGAGGUGGAAGGGCAGAUCACAUCACUGGUGGAUCUGUAUCCGUCCUUCCUAAGGAAGGGUUACCGCAGAGAGGUCUUCAUCGCUAUCCUCUGCUGCAUCAGCUACCUGCUUGGACUCACCAUGGUUACCAAGGGUGGCAUGUAUGUUUUCCAGCUGUUUGAUUACUAUGCAGCUAGCGGUGUGUGCCUUCUGUGGGUGGCAUUCUUUGAAUGUAUAGCUGUUGCCUGGGUUUAUGGCGUUGAUAAUUUCUACGAUGCGCUUGAGGACAUGAUGGGCUACAGACCAAAUGCUUGGAUGAAAUGGAGCUGGACUGUUAUCACUCCUUUACUGUGCAUGGGCUGCUUUAUCUUCUCCUUGGUCAAAUACAAGCCAUUGACGUACAACAAGGUCUACGAGUAUCCGGACUGGGCUGUCGGAAUUGGUUGGACUCUGGCCCUGACCUCCAUGAUCUGCAUCCCCAUGGUGGUCGUCAUCAAGAUCAUCCGAUCUGACGGGCCGCUCAUUGAGAGGAUUAAGGCAGUGGCCGCCCCGGUUCGUGGCGGGGCCAGCUCCCGUCCCGCAGACCAUCGUAGCCCCAAGGAGCUGACCUACCCGCUGGACCCCAACGGGAACAAGGGUCUGCUGAUGAAGGCCCCGACCCACACCAUCGUAGAAACCAUGAUGUAAAGGAGUGAGGCGGAGGCUCUCCAUGAGAUCGCUCUCCUCUCCUCUCCUGCUUCUAAAGCUAGCUAGCUUUCUUGUCUAUCUGUCUAUCUGUCUGUCUGGUGGACUGAUAAGGGUUUUAAGGAUAUAUAAAAAAAAAAAAGAAGAAAAGAUGUUCCCGUUUCAAAUCUUUUAGGAAUACUUUGGAAGUAGUUUGCUCUUAGUGGUUUUUCUUACGAGGGUAGCAAUCACAUUUCAAAUCUAUUUCUGAAUUACUCACGAGUUGUUUUUGUUUUGCUUUCGUUUUUAAUAUUCAUGUGACUACACAUCCCACUGCUGUCUUGUUCAAAGACAGAGUGGCAGAAAAAAAAAAAAAAAAAACAACCUACCAGCACCAGCUUGUGGUUGGACGCUGGUGGAUUUCUACUCCACCAGCUUCUUUCUGCAGAAAAAGAAAAGAAGAAAAUGGUUUAUUGAGUCUUGGAAUCAAACAGCCUUGUGUAGCCACGAUACGAAAACAGGUUUUUAACAUCGCUUUGGGCUGUUGAUGGAAUUUAUAACAGCUCUUUAUCACAAUGAACAGGGUGCACUUAUCUAAGGAAAUGUGCCAUAGGGUUCAACUUUGGCUUAUUCUGUUCCUCUCGGUUCAGGUAGAGGCCCGGUUGAGGCAAAUGAUCGAGGCACUGUAGGUAGAGCAUUAUUACCCACGUCCCAGUUAGAAGUUGACACUUAUAAAUGAAUGUCCCACUUCACUAAUCAGAAAUUCUGAAAAUCAUCCUGAUGAUCUGUCGGCUGCACUUAACAUUGAUGAGAAAUGUAUUGAUUCCACUGUUAAAGAUGGAAUUAGAUGGUUUACUUUCUGUUGCAGCCAACAAAAUUACAUUUUUUUUCCCACUUUUGCAUGCUGAAAAAAAAAAAAAAAAAAAAAAAAUCAGGUGAAUAUAUAAUUUGACACAGCCAUGAUAGCCGAUGACCCUUAUCAGACCAGUUUCCUGGUACUUAAAUGCACCUUAGCACACAUAAGCCCAUCUUCCAUAGCUACAAACUAUGGGUCAAAGAGAAAACUAGCACUGAGACCGUGUCGGGGGGGAAAAACCCGCUUCCCGCACAAAGACAGAGGUAUCUGAAAGGAUUUGAAGUGUGGAGGUUGAACCCUUGAGUGUGUUGUCUGUGGCGUACUGUACAGUAGUAGCUAAUCAGUCUAUCUAUAUCUAUCUCUCUAUCUAUCUUUCUCUGUCCUAGACCAGUUUACAGUACAUUAGUGACUGCACUAGGCACUCUUGGCUUACAAUUUUUUGAAUUUGGAUUUAUUUUGUUUUCUGCAGAGGAAGUUACAUUAUUAUUAUUAGUUUUUUCCUCUGUCAAUGUUUAGAUUUUUUUUGUUGUUUUUUUUUUUUUUAUUAAGACUAUAAUGUUAUUGGUAUUCACUAUUGAUGAUAAUUGCUGUAGUUUUACAUAGAAGAAGGAACACUUCUUUCAUCUGGUGAAAAUACUAAGCUAUUAUACAAAUCAUAUACAUUUACAGCGGCAGCCAUUGUAGUUACAGUCUUCAUCACGCGUUUCUCUCCGGCAAAAAAAAAAAAAAUUCCGUCUCUUUAUCAUUGCACACAAACAAACAAUGCAACUGUCUUUUUUUUCCCAAAUAUCUUCUCGAGUGGGGGGGUUGUGGGUCGUAGUGAGCAGUUCAGUGUACAGCAAAAAAAAAAAAAAUGGGAAUUCUACAAUGGCUCCAUCUGUAAGUUUGUAGGUGUUGGGGGUUUAUAGCUUUUCCUCUUCUGUAAAUACCAGGGGACAGUAUUUCAUUUGGAUAAAAUUUGUAGCCAAUGGUUAAAGAACAUGUCACCGGCUCUGUAACUCAAAGCAAACCGGUGGUUUUGGUGACGACAAAUCAGCCAGACGCCGUCGAAUCGUUACGAGUGUCACGCUCUUUUUUUUUUCCAGACACUGUGAAAUGUGGCAGCAGGAUCAUCAGAGCCGCUCAACCACAGAGUUUGGUCACGUUUUGUUCUACUGGGGGUGUCGCCUCGCUCGAGAGGAGAGCUGACCAGCUUCGUUUCGAAGUGUUGAAAAUGUAAUGAUUCAUGGCGCAAGUGUUCAGAUUGCUACACAUUAACAAUUAAGUUUCCUGUAAGUUAGCAGAGAGUGGGUGCCUGUCAGAGUUUUGUAGCAGCAAAGAAAACGUAAUUUGAAACAUCUGAUAAUAAAAAAAUACUACAUAAACAGCUCUAAAUGUCAAUUCUGAACCUUUAAUGCCAUAUUUGAUUAAAGCUGUGAAAUUGGACACUUAAAAAAUUGUGUCCGACACCCUCAAAGCAUGUUUUUAACAUCUUCAGCUCACUGACCUGCAGUUACCCUGAAGUCGAACCUUUGUCUGAACUUGCACAUUUGAGAUUUAAUCCCACACUAACUCUCAUUUCUUAAUUAGUGUUUACUUUUUUUUGGAUCAGAGCUCGAAUAUUUGUUGCCACACAUUGUAAAAAAAAAAUGCGUCACAGCAUCGUGUUACGAGGAUGAAAACGUCCGAACUCUGUGAAUCAUUUGGUGAGAAAGAAAUGAGCUCUGUGAUGCGUUUAAUGACCACCGUAUUUGAACUCUGGCUGAUUUGUCGUCUCAUCGAACGCAUCGAGUAAAACUACAUCACAUUCUUCACGACAAUAGAGGGCCAUGAUACUACCAACCGAAGGCAGACUAUCUGAGGAGUACGACAACUGUUACAUUCAUUUUAAUAUGUCUGUGUAACACAGGGUAAUCCUCUGUGUAAUUGUCACCGGUGACCAUCCACUCAGGACCUUCUCUGUAGUGCUAUUAUCUGCUGUAAAGCUGCAUCAACCCAGCAUCCAAAAAAAAAAAACAACAAGACACAAUUAGACUUGAAACUGUGGGCGACAACGCUGCGAAUAUUUAACGGUAGCAAAUCAAAAAUGGAUGUUUAGGAGCAGCUUGGAAGGCACGAGAUCCGAUCCUUCGCUGCACAGAACGGAAAAUCACACGCCUUUAACUGCCUGUUUUAUCCACAGAGACAAAAAUACAGAGAGAGCGAGCCGACGCGAGUUCUUAUUGCACCUUAUUUGUACGAUUUGGACUUCAUAUCAAAUGAUGAGGCUGAAAUAACACUGCCAUCUUCUUAUUCAGGUUCCUUAUCUGCCUCAAUCAUAGAGAAAAAAACCCCAAAACAUCUAAAUAUUGUCAAAGUGCUCAAGAUUUUAGCUCCGAGCACUUUCUUUUUUUUUUCUCUCUCCCAAAAGCAGACAUAUUAAAAUAGAUCAAAACUCUUCAUUCACAUCCAGUUAUACAGUUAUACAGUUAUACGCAUGCGUUGCAGGAAAUUCGACCUACAGCAUCACAUCACAGACGUGAUGUUGAGACCGGGGCCUCAGCUUCAUGUUUCAUCUACGCUUUCAUCUUGUGUGUGUGUGUUUGUGUCCGUUUGUUUCAUUUUACUCGAAUAGAAAUUAAAAAAAAAAAGUAGUUCAUAUCAUUAAAAGGGAUUUGUGACACCAAAUCCACAGCAGACAUCUAUUUUCAUACAGUAACAAACUUUUUUCCUAUAUAAGUCGUCUUUGUACAGUUUAAGCUCCCAUUGCAGACCUCCCAUUUUAAUACAGAUACAAAGCUUCAUUUUAAUCUUGGAACUUUUGUACAGAUCUGGUUCUCGAUUCGCCCCUUACCUGAAGGAUCUUUGCACUAAGGAGAGAGAGAGAAAAACAUGAAUAAAUAAUGCUGAAAGGAGAAAAAAAAAAAAAACAUUGGUCAGAACCUUUGGGGAAGAACAACAGCACAAAAUGAUUUUGAAAACACAAAAUUGCACAGAGCGCUGGAAAGAUCUGUCGUACCUUUUUAGUUUCGUCUACUCAGGUUUCUACUCGGAAAAUGCAUAAAACUGCAAAAAUGGACUUCAGAGUUUAAAGUCAAACAUCUAUAGAAUAAAAAACACAGAGGAAGAAUGUUUUCUGGCAGCGUGUACUGAGUCGACUCUCUCCAGAGUCCAAAGAUCCUUCUUUUCCUUUGUGGAAACGCGGACCAGAAAAAAUAAUAGCUAAUGCAGUCAUUUAUUGGUUUAUACUGCCUCUCUGUGUAUAUUUACAGUAUGUACCAGUCCCUCUGCCUUCUUACACUCCCCGUCAGUUAGCCUACGUAAACCUUCCGUUAACCUAAGCUAACCAGUUUUUAUUAUUAUUAUUAUUUUUUUCUUUUUCUCAGAGGUAAUGAAUUUUGCAAGAGAAUCGAAGCAUUAGCGAUGCACAAGUUUUUACCGCCGAAUGUUGAAAUGUGAAAGUCACCCGCGGGUGGAUGUAAAAGUUUCUGAAGAUUUAUUUUUUAGGGUGAAAAAAAAAAAAUAAGAGAAUUAAUUUCUUUUUUUUUUUUUUUUGAAUUUUCAUUGAUUUUGUUUUAUUUUGAAUUCAGCAGUUUUUUUUUCUUGUCUUAUUAUUUUUUUGGUUUUUGAUUGUAUGUCUGUCACAUUUGCCUUUUGUAUUCCAAAUAUAUAGUGUAUUUGAACCUCUGUCAUUGGAGUAACAUGUACAACUAUCAAUCAAAAAAAAAAAAAAGAACGACAAAAAAAGCUACAAUUUGUUAUGUGCAAUACUUUGUAGAAGACUUUUAUUUUUCAUGCUGUUUUUCCAAUAGGUGGUACUAACCUUUUGAAGUAAGACUAUAGCCUGUGAAUUCUUGAGGAAAGAAUCUGAAUCUUCAGGGUCCAGUUAAAUUAAAAAAAAUAAAAAUAACCUGCCACAAAAUGCUCUGCAGUGUGGAACUAAAAACCAAACUAAACCACUAUUCCAUCAAAGAUCUUGUGGUUUUGAAAUGCACUGAGAAUAAAAAAAAAAUGAUUACUGAACUUCAACAUCAAACUGAAUUUCUUUGCAGAAAAUACUAUUUUUUAUGUUUGUGACAGACUGCUAAAGUUGUGAGUUUGUGAGAGGUAUGAAACAGUAACACUGCCACUAAGCCCACCAUCUUUCUACCUGCCUAUAUUUAUCUCUGUACCACCGUGUUGCUAAUAAGUAAAUAAAUAAAUAAAUAAAUAAAUAAGACGGCCUUCCAAAGUUCACCAUUUUACAAACACAUCAGCCGUAUCUGCAAAAAAUCUGACCUUAUAAGGCUCGUAAGCCUAAUUCACCUGUGAUGGAACAAAAACAAAUACCUUGAAGUAAUUCCAGCUGCUUUUGGGAACCCACAGUAAAUCCAAAAAAAAAAAACACAGUUUACACCAUAUCAUAUGUGGGCUUCUUUAAAAAAAAAAAAAAAAAAAAAAAAACUUUCUGUGCAAUUCCUACAUUCUGCUUACUCAGACAUUUCAUUUUGAAAUCCACUCUGCCAAACCCUGCAACCUUAGUGCUUUAUCAAAGGAACCAAACCGCGUCUACACAGAAACGGAUAACCUGAUUUUGAAUUCCAUGUCGCCUCCAUCGUGUUCGUUGUGAGAAAAAUAAAAAAUAAAACAAUACAAACAGCAUCAUAUCCGCACGAUUCAGAAUCCACUUGUCCGUUUCCGUGCUACAGAUGCAACAUUAGACCAUACAGAUGUGAUCUUGGAGCGAUGUAGAGCUCACACAAAAUCUUGUUUUUAUCACUGAAGUCGAUCUGUGACUCUGCCUGGCUGCGAUGGAAGAUAAACGGGGCUCCAUUUCCCGGCAGCAACCUUAACGCAAAGAUCAUCUUCACUAUUUGGUUCGAAGCGCGACAAAGAUGUCGUUCUCAGUCAGAGAUUUAUAGUCAUGGUGUCGUCUUAUUGCAUUUUAACAUUCAGGGAAGUGAAAAGGCCGUAAAAUCAUCUCUACUCCUGUCACUUCCAAAAAAACAAUGGCGAUCUUGCUGCUAAGUCCUCUGGGAAAUGGAGUCCCGCUCGUCCUCCCCAUCCUCCCCGUCAUCCGACUCAUUCUGAUCAUGGUCUCCAAUGACAAUGCCUCUGUCUUUCCUGCAUUAUACUGUAUACCAGCCCUUCCUUUUUUGAGAAUGUACAUGGGGAAAAUGUUUUUUAAUUCUUGGUGAAGGAAAAAAAAAACAUUUUUAAAAAGAAUUUGAAAGCUUUUAUUUUUUAUUUCUAUGGCCAACCUGUAAGCUAGAAUAAAAAACUGAAAAAAAAAGACGAAAAAAAAUAUGUGUUUGAACAGGUUUUACUAUGGUGUAAACCUUUUUUUUAUUUCUUAAUAAAAAAUUUGUCUUCA